AGUGCUGGCGUUGUUGUUGGAAACCUCGCCAGUUGCGUACACAGGUAACAAGUGAAAUGAUCGUGUGCGAGCUCGAAGCAGGUGUGGAUGACAAAUCUUGAUAGUAGACGCAAAUAUUUCUGGCCUCAUCUUUGCUGACAACAUCUGAAGAUUACGCAGACUUUUGUAAGCAGCAGCUACGUACAUAUUUAUACAUCUGUACUGAUGUUGACAUGUUGACAAAAGGGACUAGAGAGAUCUAUGCUUGUUGAAAAGAUCCUCAAGAAUCCAAUGGUGGCAUGCCUUCCACAAAAGUUGGUCAAGCGAACAGUGCCGUAGAAAAUUCUAGUGGAUCAAACAUGGCGAGCAACAGCAUGGAAAUGACACCUGGGAACUCCAGAAGUUCCGUCAAACCUGCUUCAGCGAGUAAGUCAUCACGUGAACUUAAGAGAAGAUCGACUUUAAGUGAGGAAUACUGCUUUGGACAUUGCGGAAAACUCCACCAGAAACUCUGGUUUAAAAUUGCCAUGUUUUUGUUCUUGUCCCUCUUGAACAUAUCAGAUCUGUCCAGUGAUUGGCUGCUUUACAACGACGUCGCGUUCACACAGAAGGGUCUUGUGUUCGGCCCCCCGCAGCAGGACAUCAUCACGGCACUUCUAGUAUUCUCCAUCAUAGGCUCCGUCACGUUUCUGCUGGAGUCUGUCAAUCUCGGUCUCGAAGUUUUCAAAAACAAGGGGUUUAUGGAUGUUGAUGUCGCCUCCGCAAUUAACAUUUGGCUAGAGGAUAUUCCUCAGGUGGCCAUUAACCUGACGAUUGCUGCCUGUCGCGAAUCAGAAAUCAGCUAUUUCCAACUGGUCAAAGCGGCUGUGGUUAUUAUAGGGGUCAUCAUACGCCUCAUUCUGACUUUGAUUCGUUACUGUAGCAAAAAAUACCUGGCUGAAGUCUAUCAGCACACUGCAGAAUCGUGCCGUCAUGUGACCACAAGAGCGUUCCUUGUGAUUGGUUUACUGCUGAUGUGCACAGGAUCUGUUGCUGUGUUCGUUUUCACGCAAACUUAUCGUUCUGCUGAUGGGAAAAUUACUUUCGAGGUCCCGGAAACUGUCCUUCAAGGUAAAUACGACGACCAUCGCUAUUUCGACAAUGUCAGCAUGUAUUUCCAUCAUCCGUCCUUCGAUACCAGCAAAGAUUCCGCCUCGGAUAAUCUCAACUGGAUAAGAAUAGCCACUGUGUACAAUGUUCGUAAUGCUACCAGCAAUGACACGUUUCUUCGCUACUCUCACACUGACCUCUCUGCGGAAACGACCUUCAUCAUGAUUGCAGACAACAUUGAAGACCGCGGAAACCUGGCAACCAGAGAAUGCUAUGACCUUCAAAGAGCGACUGACCUCCUGACUCCAGUAAGUUGUCCGGCAAUCCCUGACAAUGCCACCUUCACCCAAAUCGUGUUUCGCCUACACUACCUCCCUGCACAGCGUCUCCUCAGGUUUGGCGACAUCCACUUCAACGUGCGCAUACGCUACCCUAACGGGACAUUUGAAAAUGAAGCCCAGUUUGUCGACACGAUCCAAGGGAAAAGGUCCUCAGCCAAUCGCAUCUUUGGCGUGAUUCAUUAUUACAAGACCAUUCCUGAUGUCACUAGCGACACCCAUGUACACAGUACGGCCUCUAGGGGGAACUUUUCAUUUUAUCAGAACUCUGCACACCUCAUCGACAUCAACCAGGUAUGGAAAACAGGGUUUAUCGGCUGCAAAGCCACAGGAAGUCUCGCUCCAAAUCUCAAGAAAGACAUUCUCAUUGGGGAUCAAUGGUUUUUUUAAUCACCAUUAUCUAAUAUGAGGAAAAACAGAGUUCAUGGGACAUUUUGAAUUUUUUUACAGAACAGUUAGGAUGUGAUUUUUAAGCAUAAUUUUCAAAAAAUGUCCAAAGAGUUGACAAGACAAUCAUUUAUUCUUUUCUUAAUUUACAUACCUUUUUUAUUCACAUAUUCUUUUACAAUUUUUGAAUUGGUUGGCUGGUCCUAUAACACAAGAAUAUAUUUUUUUUUAACUUUUGUAGGACCUCCUUUUAAAAAGAAAUGAUUGUAACAAUAUUCAUUGAUUGUUUCUACAUGAAUGAUUAUAGCUUUGCACCAUAUUGGCAAUAUACAUGUAACAGCCGUAUUAUGGCAAGUAAGUGUUUCUGAGUCACGUGCCCAGGAAGCUGCUAUCAAAUAUCAACAUGGGUAUAAAUUAUGGUAAUUGUAAAUAACUAUAUCUCUAAUCUCUUUGACAUUUUAUGGCUAAUCAGAAGGUUUCAUUGGAUUAAAGUCAAGUUGUUCCAAUGGGACAGUUCCAGGUUUCAUUGGAUUAGAGUAAAGUUGUUCCAAUGGACAUUUCCAGGUUUUAUUGGAUUAAAGUAAAGUUGUUCCAAUGGACAUUUCCAGGUUUCAUUGGAUUAAAGUAAAGUUGUUCCAAUGGACAUUUCCAGGUUUCAUUGGAUUAAAGUGAAGUUGUUCCAAUGGACAUUUCCAGGUUUCACUGGAUUAAGUAAAGUUGUUCCAAUGGACAUUUCCAGGUAUCACUGGAUUAAGGUAAAGUUGUUCCAAUGGACAUUUCCAGCUAAAAUAGUGGGGUGCUUCAAAAAUAUUUUAUCUCCAGUGAACUUUUGGAGCAAUAUAAAAAAUUUACCUUUUCUAGAACACAAAACAUCAUCCUCUUUGAAUUUUUUGACUUGAGUUAGUCAACAUAUUGAAUCUUUUUUUUGAGACAUAUUUACUGCAAACACAAUUGGUGAGAUUUAGAUCGAGGAUAAAUUGAUCUCAGCAUUAAAAAAAAUCAUUUUUAUGCCAUUCACCAAAAAAAAAGCUGUUUCCCCACUUUUGGUAUAUACCCUAACUGACCUCAAAUUUCACCUGCUAAAGUGCAUUUUUAUAGGCAAUUAAAUGUCACAAAAUAUUAGUUUUGGUGCACAAACUUACAAUUUUCCUCAAAAAUAUCAUCUCAAGUUGCAAGCAAACCUAAAAACACCUUUCUAAAAUCAACAGAACCCCUCAGGAUCGGGAAAAUUGGGUUGGUUAGUCAUAAAGGAAAUUUAUGCUCACUUCAGGUACAUCCAAAAGUUCCAUCUUUGCUAAAUUCCCCGUGCGCUUCCUGUUUUAUAAAAGGCUUAACAACAUAUACAAAUCUACCAACAAUGGCGUUUUGCAAAUGUACAAAUGUUGAGGCUAAUAAGAAGAGAAACUGAAAAUGGUUAUUUUAUAAAACAGAUACUAUUCUUGCCUCCUUCCCUAGAGAUUUUACUUUUAAAGAUUUCCCAUCUUGCAACCUGAAACUAUGCAUCAUGUUUAUAUUAUGUUAAGUUGACAAAAGUCUCAAAUACUUAAUGGUCUCAUCCUCUUUUCAAGCACAUAGCUUUUACUUAUCUUAUAUUUAUUGUCCUUGCUCCCUUAAUAACUUAUCAUACUGUGAACAACAAUCAUUACUGCAGGUUACAAUUUGUCUCAGGCAUUACUGGACUAUCAGCAAGAACUGACUGGCAAAGGGAUGCAUCAGUUAGCCUUGUCAGAGAAAGGCAGCCAUUACAACAUAAUACUUUUUAAAAAGAAAGUGAUAUACAAAUGAUAUUUUGUGAGUCUGACAAUGAAAAUCUUCAGCUUUUUCCACGUAUAAGCACUUUUUUCCAGUGGAAUUUUUUGCAUGCAAUUAUUAUGAAAAUGUUAAAAUGAUUUGUUUGUGUUGCUAAAGAUGUAAGCGUCAUAAAACUGUGCAAAUUAUUUCUCUACACCACAAUGGUUCUCUCAAAAUGUUUCAAAACAGCGCAGAGGUGGUUGAAAAGGUAAAAUAAUUAGGGUAAUACGUAAUAUAUGCAGUAUUAAGCCAGACUAAAGUUUCUAUGCUGACACACUAUGACUGACAUCAUCACUACUGCACAACAAGCAAGCCUGUAGACAACCAAACCCCUAACCAAUAAUUUAUGAGUUAGGGCUUUAAUAUUUACCCCAGUGCAUUCUGAUUGGUAUGACGUGUGUUACAGUAUCACUACACUCCUAGGACAUAAGCAUGCCAAAGGCACACCACAAGCAAACCAGGGGUGUGCUUACCCUAAUUCCUCAGUGCAAUUUUUGUCGAUUUUCAUUUUGAUUUUGGAGACAAAACUAGAUUGGCCAAUUUCAGGUCUUUAAACACAAAAAGUUUAAUUUUCACAAUCUAAAAAGAUAAAUGCCUUCAUACUUAUGCUCCACAAAACACUUUGCACACAUGUGAAAAGGGGGAAGAAUUACAGUACUACUGGAUGGCACCCAGAUAACUUUAGGUCAGGCUUGUACUGUGUUUACAGCCUGAAUUAGCGAUAUUUAAACAUACGUACAAUAGGCUAUUUUGUCUUUUACAUAUGGACAACACGAAUACAAAUACAGUAUGGGUAUGUACAGUAAGAAGUACAUGUAUGGAGAGUAGGUAUUAUGUAUAUAAAAGCGCACAGACAAAAACAGUAUACAUGUAUGUAUAUUUAUGUACAAUAUAAAGAUAUAUGUUUGUUUGUAUAGCAUGUACAGUACAGCCAGAUCCUAACCAUCGAUCCUAACCAUCGAUCCUACGCCCAUUGUGGUUGGAUGGUCUGUGUCUCAUACGCCCACUAUGUGCUGACCACUGCUGGGCCCUGAUCAAACACGCCUUCAUGCUCCGCCUACCAUCGGCGAAGGGUCAGCCCAAGGUCUGUGCAUGGUGGAGCCAUGGUCAGCAUAUCACUUUUAUGACAUUCAUUCACUUGCUGGAGUUUGAUGUAAUGACAUCGGACGUACACUGUAGGCCGUGUAUUAUCCGCGCAACUUUCUCUACUAAUUUUCAGAGCUUUGUUACCCAUUUUGAACAUAACACAUGCACAGACGAGGCUGAUAUUUUUGUGAAAGGUAAUUAUUUGGGCUAUUCUAAAGUAACAGCAAAAAUUGGAUUGGAAUUGCACUAAUAGAUUUUUUUGUACCAGUUCCAAAAAUGUCUCGUUUUGAUAUUUCCUUUCUUUGCUGUAUUUUCAUAAUUUAUGCAUGGAUAGGUACAGGACUAUUCUCAAAAUAUGUAAUA